AUGAUGGCAGACAUUGGCAGCCAGAUCGAUGAGCAGCUCGCUGCUGAUAUUGACGCUCAGGCUGUUGCCCACUUGAGAGAGCUUGUGAUUCCGCAGAUCCAGCGAGAAUGCGAUAUCCAGGAGGCAUCGAUGGCAGCAGCAUGGCAGACGAUUCAGCACAGCAUCAGUGCCUUGGAUCGGAAAAAACAGAUCAUCUUUGCCACACUGAAGACGAAGGAGUCGCUGGAGAGAGCCCGGAAAGUCUUCGAUGAUGAGGUCUGGAACAUGAUGCCGCCCACCUUCAGCAAGAUCGAUACCGCCAUCAAGACACAGACCAAGAAGGACCACCUACCCAGCCCCGUCGUUUCGCCUCGCCCCGUCGUUUCACCUCGCCCCGACAGUAUCAAGCCUAGUCUCAAGAUAGAUACUUGGGAACUUGAAGGUUUAGAUUAUCUGUUCCAAGACCCCAAGGUCGGAAAGGAUUGGCUCUGCGUUCGAUGCAAUUGGGAAGACGCCCUCGGAAUUGUGCGAUUCGCACAGCAUCCAUUAGAGUCCGGCUGUGCGUUGGAUCAUUUCAACAAGAAAGGGCUCAAAUGCCACGAUUCGUCUCGUAGCUACACUUGGGACGACAUUCUAAGAGAGUUUACGUUUCGUGUUGACGAAGCAGACCUCGACGAGAAUUGGGUCACGGCGAACAACAUUCAGACUCAAGAGAAGGCUGCAGCCAAGACACCCAAGGGGAAGGGGAAGGCCAAGGCCAAGCAGCCAGUCUUCGCGCCAGCAAACCGAAAAGCGAUUGAUCCAUCAUAUGUCCCAGAGGCAGACAUGAGCCUCGGCGAUGUAGGUCUAAUAUUCGCAUCCUAUCCAAAUCUCGUUCGCUGA